GGCCGCCUGGCGCGCUCACCUCCUCGCUUCACCGCGGAGCUGAGUUAGGCGGAGACCCGGGAAGGCAGGCCGGCCCUUUUCAAGCCAAGAUGGUGAAAAUCGGAGUGAACGGAUUUGGCCGUAUUGGCCGUCUGGUUACGAGAGCUGCAUUUAUCUCUGGAAAAGUUGAGGUUGUGGCGAUCAAUGACCCCUUCAUUGACCUCAACUACAUGGUCUACAUGUUCAAGUAUGACUCCACUCACGGCCGUUUCCAUGGCACUAUCAAGGCUGAGAAUGGAAAACUUGUGAUCAAUGGGCAUGCCGUCACAAUCUUUCAAGAGCGUGACCCUGCUAACAUCAAAUGGGGCGAGGCUGGUGCAGAGUAUGUUGUGGAGUCCACCGGAGUUUUCACCACCACAGAGAAGGCCAGUGCUCACUUGAAGGGCGGUGCCAAGCGUGUUAUCAUCUCUGCCCCAUCUGCAGAUGCUCCCAUGUUUGUGAUGGGUGUCAAUCAUGAGAAAUAUGACAAUUCUCUGAAAAUUGUCAGCAAUGCCUCCUGCACCACCAACUGCUUGGCUCCCUUGGCAAAAGUCAUCAACGACAACUAUGGCAUUGUGGAAGGCCUUAUGACCACCGUCCACGCCAUCACUGCCACACAGAAGACUGUGGACGGUCCCUCUGGAAAGCUGUGGAGAGACGGCAGGGGGGCAUCUCAGAACAUCAUCCCGGCAUCCACAGGUGCAGCUAAGGCCGUGGGCAAGGUGAUCCCUGAGCUGAACGGGAAACUCACAGGGAUGGCUUUCCGUGUUCCAACGCCAAACGUUUCUGUUGUGGACUUAACAUGCCGCUUAGCGAAACCAGCCAAGUAUGAUGACAUCAAGAAGGCUGUUAAGGCAGCAUCUGAAGGCCCAAUGAAGGGUAUUCUGGGAUAUACUGAGGACCAGGUGGUCUCCUGUGACUUCAAUGGCGAUUCCCAUUCCUCCAUCUUUGAUGCUGCUGCUGGCAUUGCCCUCAAUGAUAACUUUGUCAAGCUGGUCUCCUGGUAUGACAAUGAGUACGGAUACAGCAACCGUGUGGUCGACUUGGUAGUUCAUAUGGCAUCGAAGGAGUGAAGACAGACCAGCUGCAACCUGCCUGGAGGGGGGGCCGCAUCUCCAGAGGCCCCCCUUCGCCAUUGCCCCCUGGUACCUUCUUACGACUCAGCUCUAUAGCCUAGCCUGCGGUUAGAGGCCUCCUCUGUUCCAUCUGCCUCUGAGGAAGUGGAGAGGCUGGACGAAACGUGACUGUUUCCGUAACACCUCCUCCCCUCUCAAUAAAGCCAUCACUGUCUCAAGAA